AUGUCCAACUCAAUUAUAGUCUUAAUAUCGGGGAACGGGAGCAACCUACAAGCCCUCAUCGACGCGGCAAAAGAUUCAACACUCAACGCGACAAUUACACUCGUAGUUUCCAACAAAAAAUCUGCAUACGGACUUGUACGCGCUGCCGAAGCCGGCAUACCAACACUGGUACUCACACUUAAAGAAUAUAUAGACAUUGGCAAAUCACGCGUCGACUACGACAUUGCGCUCGCAAAAAAAAUCAAAGAAUUAAAUCCCGAUCUGUUAGUGUUGGCCGGAUGGAUGCACAUCUUAUCCAAAGAGUUUAUCGACUACUUUCCUGAACAAAUUAUUAAUUUACAUCCGGCGUUGCCUGGACAAUUUGAUGGUGCGCACGCGAUAGAACGCGCGUAUGAGGCAUUUAAAAGGGGUGAGAUUACGGAGACGGGUGUUAUGGUGCAUAAAGUUAUUCCGGAGGUGGAUAAGGGUGAGCCGUUGCUUGUUGAGCGUGUGCCGAUACUAGAGUCUGAUACAUUGGAAGAUUUGGAAGCUCGUAUACAUUCAGUUGAACAUCGAUUGAUAGUGCAAGCUGUCAUUAAAUUUUUCAAAUUGGUUGCGUUUUAA